AUGUCCGAACCGAUCAACGUUGAAUCUUCACCACCGCCGCUCACUUCCAUUCAUAUUCAUCAUGCAACACCGAGACGAAGGCUUUCAAAAUUCGGACAACUCAUGCUCAUGCAAGAACAACCGGAUGAGCCUCUCGUAGUGGGUGGAUUGGUUCUUCUCGGAAGGACUUCUUUGGGAAGCCUCAACCAUGAUGAUAGGAAUGAUUGCAAGUUCAAUCGGAAAGCCUUUGAAGAACGACUCUCGGAAAGAUUAUUGGCUCGUUUUGUACGUUUCAGAAGUUUGGUGGUGAGUGAAUGUGAAUACAUCGAUGUUGGUGUGGAGAAUGUAUGCAUGGAAAAUCAUGUCAAGUAUUGCAAAUUGAGUGAAGAAAAGUUUCAACGAAUGAGUGAAGAUGAAAUCUUGAGUGAAAUGCUAAGUGAGAUAUUUACGACACCGUUUGUUCCUGUCCGAUACGUGACAGGCUCGAAAAUGCCUCUUUGGCAAUGUUAUGUCAUUGAGAACUAUUCAAGGGGAAUUGUCUUGUUUUUUAAGAUUCAUCACUGGAUUGGAGAUGGAACCUUGUUGCAGAAAAUAAUUGUCGGCGAUUUGUUGGACAAUGAAGAACAAGUAACCAAUUUUCUGUUAAACAAAUACGACAAAAUGUUACAAGGAAGUCACAAUAAUUGGAACUCUGCUCUAAGUAUCAUUCAUAAUGUAGAGAUAGUCAUAUCUAGGAACGUACCAUUCGUAGGAAAACUUCUGGCAUUGGUGGUCGGAUUUUUAUUGAAGUUUCUUGCGUUUUUUUCAACCUUGUUACUUGUAUUAUAUUUAGGAAUUAGUGGCGAUAGUGAUACCAUGUUUAAGCCAUCUUCAAAGAAUCCAAAAGUUGGAAAAGUAUCUUGUUCUUUUAUUUGGUUCAAUGAAUCCAACGAGAAGCAUGAUGCAGACAUGACCCAUGAAACCGACAAAUAUUUCACAGUUGAAGAAUUUAAGCGAGUGGCUCUAUUAUUAAGCCAAAACAAUUCCAACACAGGAAAAGUCAAUGACCUAUUUCUGACCAUAUUCAGUGGCGCCAUUGAUCGAUACAGGUUGAAAAUGAGCUCAGAUCGUGAACCUCGGAAUAAUCUUUCCAGAGAGUACAUUCUGAAAUCGUGUACCUCUCGUUUGGGAAUGGGUGUGAACAUUCGAACGAGCAAGUCCAGAGAAGAAGCUGGCAAUAUUGUGGGAGUGUUGUUUGGAACAUUGCCUUUCGAUAUUCACUUAAAACUUCGAGAACGUUUUUCGAUCAUUCACAAGUAUAUGAAUUUAGCCAAAUUCUUGCCACAACCUUAUUUCAACAGAUAUUUAUUAUGGUUAGCCACUGCCUUAUUACCCAAAUCCUUAGCCGUGUCACUACUCAAUUGGGGAGCAUCCUCUUCUACUUUCACCAUUUCUAAUGUUCAAGGACUUCAUUCUCCUGAAGACGAAAUAUCAUUCAAGUUGCUUGGUCAUGACUUGAUUCAGGGAGUUGGAUUCAUUCCUCUCGUUAAACCCAUUGGAGUGAAUAGCACAUUGAUGUCUUUUAAUGGACGAGUUGGUAUUUCAGUUGUGUGUGACAAGGGUAUUAUUCCAAAUGCUCAUGAAGUGACAGACUGUAUUCGAGAAGAAUAUCUUGCUAUUAGAAAAGAACUGGGUAUAUGA